AUGGCAAGAAGACAUUUACUCGUUGUUUAUAUUAUUCUCUGCACUAGUAGCCGACCUAGUAAUGAUGGCAUGGGCGGUGGUGGCGGUGGUGGUGGUGGUGGUGGUGGUGGUGGUGGGUAUGGCUAUGGAUGGUAUGGCUAUGAAAGAUAA